UUUGUUGUAAAUAAUUGAACUGCAUAUAAUUGGAUUUUGGGUAGCUAAGUUUUGUCUUUGGUUUUUAAAUUUAUGAAUAGUAAAUACGUAAUAAAAUACUAUAAUUGCAGAUCUUGUAUCUUUUCAAGAAAUCAUAAAUUUCAAUUAGAAAAAAAGCUUAAUUACAGAUAUGGCUAACAUAUCUGUUCAAGAUAUAGAAGCUGUAGAUGAUUAUUGGGGGCCGACAUUUAGAUCCAUUUUAGAAGGUAAUGCUUGUGAUUCACUAUCUGAACAGUUAGAUUCAAGAAUAAGAAGUCAUGACAAAGAUAUUGAAAGAAUAUGCAAUCUAUAUUAUCAAGGAUUCAUAGAAUCUAUUAGGGAGUUAUUGCAAGUGCGAUCUCAAGCAAAACAUUUAAAUGAGGAAGUUUUAGCUCUAGAUACAGAUUUGCAAACAGCAUCAGCAGGAGUGUUAUCGAAAGGGAAAGAACUGGUUAGAGCACGUCAGAUUGAAAGUAAUAUUGCAAAUGCUAUCAAUGGCCUCUCAAAUUGCCUACCAGUUCUGGAGUGUUAUACAAAAUUAUUGGAACAGGUUAAGGAAAAACGUUACUAUCCAGCUUUAAAAACUUUAGAAAGUUUGGAAAAUGAUUUAUUACCAAAGGUGUCGAGUUACAGGUUUGCAAUUCAAAUGAAAGAAAACGUUCCGAAACUGAAAGAAAAUAUAAAAAAAUCUUCGGAAUCAGAUUUUAGAGAGUUUUUAGAAAAUAUUCGUGAGUUUUCUCCAAAAAUUGGGGAAGUCGCAAUGCGACAUACAAGACAAUUACAAAAGCGUAAUUUAUCUAAAAUAAUAGAAGACUUUAAAAAUCAAGAUCGAACUGAGUAUGCUGGGGAUGAAGAAGAACUAAGCGUCCAGGAUUUAAUAGACUUUUCCCCAGUUUAUCGUUGCUUACAUAUAUAUACAGUUCUAAACGAUAAAGAAUAUUUUGAAAAAGAUUACCGACAACAAAGAAAAGAUCAAGCAAAGCUCGUUUUGCAACCACCACAAGGAAUGCAUGAUAAUUUAGAAGCUUACAAAACUUAUAUUUAUUCAAUUGUGGGAUUUUUUGUGGUGGAAGACCAUGUGAAAAAUACAGCUGGAGAUGUAGUUACAAAAUCUUAUUUGGAUGAAUUAUGGACAACAUCACUAACAAGGAUUGUCAACGAUUUAAGCAUGAGUUCAUCUUCCUGUACAGAUCCUAACAUUUUACUUCGAAUAAAAAAUUUGAUUAUGCUCUCCAUAAGUACUCUCAAAAGCUAUGGCUAUUCUGUGAAUCCUUUAUUAGAAAUGUUGGUUGGCAUGCGAGACCAUUAUAAUGAAGUUCUGUUACAGAGAUGGGUGCAUGUUUUUAGAGAAAUUCUUGAUAAGGGAAACUUUUUGCCACUAGAAGUUGAAGAUCAGGAAGAGUAUGAUGAUGUCAUAGAAAGAUUUCCUUUUCAUUCUGAAGUACUUGAGAGCAAACCAUUCCCGAAAACAUUUCCAUUUUCCAAAAUGGUACCGGAAGUUUAUCAUCAAGCGAAAGAGUUUAUGUAUGCAUGUAUGAAAUUUUCAGAGGAACUAACCUUGUCUCCAACAGAAGUUGCUGCAAUGGUUCGUAAAGCAGCCAAUCUUUUAUUAACUAGAAGCUUUAGCGGAUGUUUAUUAGCGGUGUUUAGAAAUCCUAGUGUUGCGCUUAUGCAGUUAAUUCAAAUUAUAAUUGAUACUCAAUACUUAGAAAAAGCUGGGCCAUUUUUAGAUGAUUUUGUUUGCAAAAUGACAGGAACUGAACAAAGUAUUAGUCAAGCUCCAUCGGCUAUGUUUCACGUUGCGAGAUCUGAUGCAGAAAAACAAGUCUCUGAACGUAUUUGUUCGAAAUUAGAUGAGUUUUUCGAUUUAUCCGAAUAUGAUUGGCUUUUAAUUGAACCUCACGGCAAUGCUUCGGCUUUCGUAACUGAUAUGAUAUCUUUCCUAAAAAGUACAUUUCAAAGCUUUGCAUACCUUUUGCCAAACGUUGCACAAACGGCUUGCAGAAGAAGCUGUGAACAUAUUGCAAAUAAAAUUUAUGAUAUGCUAUUGACCAACGAAAUCAAACAAAUUUCAACAGGUGCUUUACAGCAAAUUAACUUAGAUUUAAUGCAGUGUGAGUUCUUUGCUGCUUCUGAACCUGUUCCUGGCUUCAAAGAAGGUGAGCUAUCAAGAUAUUUUGCGAAAAUAAGGCAAUUACUUGAUUUACUUAUAAUGGAGGAAUGGAGCACAUAUUUACAUGAUUAUGGAAAGGUGGAUAAUCGUUACAAUUUAGUUCAACCAUCUGCAAUAAUAAUAAUUUUGGAGAAAAUACGAGAAGCUGACAAAAAAACUAUGUUUUCAGUAUUGAAAAAAAGCGAACGUGAUAAGAAAAAGUUGUGGGAAACUGUUUUAAAGCAAUUAAGACAACUAGCUGAUAAGCAAAAUUAACUUUUUUUUCAAAUCCCCAUUGAACGUUAAAAGACAAAUACAUACUUUGUGAAUAUUGUAUCUUCUAUUUAAUUACAAAAAUUUAUUUUUCUCUAUUUGAUGUAAAAUCUAUUGUACCAUAUCAUUAAGUGCAUAACUUUUAUCAUAAAGCUUUAUAAAUGUUAUUUAAAUUA